GAAAGAAAAUUUGUGCAUUAUUUAUUCACAAGAUGUUGCUAUUUUUGUCUUUAUUUGUAACUUCCAAAUCAACUUCUUUUCAUAGGGUCAUUUAAUACCUCCUAUUUAUACCCACUUCAAUUAGCACACUCUUCAAUAUAUACUCAUUUCUCUUGAUCCCUAAACACAAAGCAUUAGUACAACUUCUUUUAAAUAUUACUAUUUCCUUUUCCCCACAAAAUAUAGGAAAAAAAAUAAUGGCCCCUUUUGUGUGUCUCAUUACUCUUCUUCUUGUGUCUCAUUUAUGCAAUGCACAACCUUCCCCUGGCUACUACCCUAGUUCCCAAGUUGCUCCUUUGAGUUUCAAUCAAGGGUAUAGAACUCUAUGGGGUCCUCAACAUCAGACGUUCCAACAAGGCACUGUCACGGUCUGGCUCGACCGUAGUACUGGUAGUGGAUUCAAGUCCUUGAAACGGUAUCAAUCGGGUUACUUCAGUGCCGCAAUGAAGCUCCAACCCGGCUACACUGCCGGAGUGAUCACAUCCUUCUACCUUUCAAAUCAAGAAGAUUUUCCUGGUCACCAUGAUGAAGUUGAUAUUGAAUUUCUUGGAACAACCCCUGGAAAACCAUAUGUAUUACAAACAAAUGUUUAUGUAGAAGGAAGUGGAGAUGGAAGGCUUAUUGGAAGAGAAAUGAAGUUUCAUUUAUGGUUUGAUCCUACCAAAGAUUUUCACAACUAUGCCAUAUUUUGGUCACAAAAUGACAUAAUAUUCUUAGUGGAUGAUGUGCCUAUAAGAAGGUACCCUAGAAAAAGUGAUGCCACGUUUCCACAAAGGCCCAUGUACAUGUAUGGAUCAAUUUGGGAUGCUUCAUCUUGGGCCACUGAAGAUGGUAAAAUCAAAGCCAAUUACAAUUAUCAACCUUUUGUGGGGCAAUAUCGUAAUUUCAAGAUUGCGGGCUGUGAAUUUGGUGGGCCUAAAGGAUCAUGUCAUCUUCCAAAAAUGUCACCUUCUGGGCCCAAUAACCUCAGCCCACAACAAGUCGCGGCGAUGACGUGGGCCCAAAGAAACUACUUGGUUUAUGAUUAUUGCAAGGAUUCUAAGAGAGAUCAUACCCUUACACCUGAGUGUUGAUAAUUGGGUUAUACUUCUGUACUUCGUUUUAUGUUGUUGUUGGUUUGCAGUGUGUCGUUUUGAUUUAUUUUCCAUAUUUACAAAAAAAAAAAAAAAAAAAAAAAAAAAGGGAAAAUGUUAUGAUUGAGAUAUUGUUGAUGUUUUACUUUUAUUUUACCUGUAAAGGUUUACGAGUGUGGUGUCUAAGAGGUAAAUUUUGAGAAGGCGAAUGGUCUUCCAUUAAAGGAUUGAAAUAAAGGCAUUAUACGUUAUAUAUACAAGUUUACUUUCUGGAUA